GCACCGUUCGCAAGCCCGGCUGUCGUUCAGCAGCAGUUCUAUCAGCCAAGUUAAAAGAAAUGGUCGACGCCAGCACUGUAGGCUUUUCAUUCCUUAAGUUCACUGAAACCACUGAAAUAUGAUCUGCUUUUCGUUAUCCGACAAAGGUGGAGUCACAAAAUUGCAGUUUUGUCAGCGCCUGGCCACACUGAUGAGGGCGCCUCCGGUCGCCAUAUUCUUUUCGCUGUGCAUGGUGGGCAGGCAGGUCUAGCAGCUUCGAAUGGAUGAUCAAGAGAGCAAUGAAGGAGCCAGUAAUGUUCAGGAAGUCGUCAGCCUCCUGCUUACUCCAAACGUGACCUUGGAUGAAGAUGUCACGGUGGCAGCAGCAGACGUAGAAGAAGAUACGUCUAACCAAGACUUAUGUGACCCUGGAGGGGCCGAGGUUGCCUCGGCCGUAGCUACUCUUGGUCUCUCACAGGAAGUUGACCCAUGUGGCCUUGGAGUCAAACUAGAAGAUGGCUCAACAGCAUUUCUCCAAGGCUUGGAUCCCAAGCUUCUAGGUGGAACCACACAUGCCAUCACCCUGGAGGAUGGCUCCACAGCUUACAUACAAGCUGGACCAAGAGGAGCCAUAGAGGGCCUCCAGGCUGUGACCUUAGAAGACGGCACAACUGCCUACAUCUCCACUACGACAACUGCCGAGCAGUUGUUUGGCUCUGAUGUGUCGGAGGCUACGCUUGGGUUAGAAAGCAUUGCUGCUCAGGCUUCGGGCGACAACAUUCAAGAAGAAGACACUGGUGCAAGAUCUACAAAUCUUGUUCACAUUACAAAUGGGGGCUCCAGCAGUGGGACGCCGGGUGAAAAAGCAUUUAUGUGUGCUUAUGAAGGCUGUGGCAAAAUGUACACAACACCCCAUCACCUCAAGGUGCAUGGGCGCAUACACACGGGUGAUCGACCCUUCAAGUGCCUGGUGGCCGGCUGCGACAAGAGCUUCGUAACCGGCUAUGGCCUCAAGAGCCACACACGCGUCCACACAGGCGAGACGCCCUACCGAUGCACGCACGACGGCUGCACCAAGACAUUCAAGACAUCGGGAGACUUGCAGAAGCAUGUUCGCACACAUACAGGGGAACGGCCUUUCAAGUGCCCCUUUGAGGAUUGCAAUCGUGCCUUCACCACAUCAAACAUCCGAAAGGUGCACAUGCGCACACACACUGGCGAGCGACCGUACGUCUGCAAAGAGGAGAACUGCGGCCGAUCCUUUGCCAGCGCCACAAACUACAAGAAUCACAUACGCAUUCACACAGGCGAGAAGCCGUACGUGUGCUUGGUGGCAUCCUGCGGUAAGCGCUUCACCGAGUACUCGUCCCUGUACAAGCAUCAUGUGGUGCACACGCACAGUAAGCCAUACAUGUGCAACCUCUGUGGCAAGAACUACCGGCAGACUUCCACUCUGGCCAUGCACAAGCGGACAGCCCACGGCUUGCUCAUGGAUGACCCCCGCCUUGAACUGGGUGUGGAGGAAGAGCUGGAAGCAGACCUGGAUGAAGCAGAAACUAUCCAAGAUGUAGAGGUCAUGGAGGAACCAAAGCCAUCUGGAAGACGCCGCAGGGCGGCGAACAUGUCCAGCACGGCCGCCACUACGACAACCCUGGUGGUGCAGCAGGCCGGCUCUGCAGCUGGUGACACCCUUCGCCUCUCGUUCGACCCACAGACAUUGCAGGAGGAAGGCACGCUGGUGCAGACACCAUCCGGCCAGCAAAUCCUGCUCGUAGCUAACCCUGCUCAGUUGCUAGCACUCCAGCAGCUGGCGCUUCAACAAGACCAAGCCUUGGCUACAGCUGAAGAGCAACAGGAUGGUGUCCUCGGAGGGGACGAUGUUGUCAUCGCUACGGCCUCCUUGUCUGACCACUGAGCAUUGGCAUGCCUUCAUCUGUGUUCAUCACCUGUGUUCAUUCUUUUUCUUUUUUGUACAUAUAAUGAGGCGUUACAGCCACCACUAUCAACUAGUUACUAAAAGUAAGGUGUUUUGAGACAAGGUCAUAAUUUUUUGUUGGCUAAAGUUUAUAGCAGAAGUGGCGUGGUGAUCGUGUUGACUAAGGCUCAUCACCUUUUUAGACAACUUUGGUGUAGAUAUUGCAAGUGCAGAAUUCAAAGUGGCCGAUGUGAAUAGCACAACCGCUCGGUAGAAAUUCGGAGAUAAGCACCAGUUUCAAGAUAGCUAUCUGAAUUCCAUAAUUGUAUUAUGUUCACUAAAGUUUUUGCUUUAAAAAUCUAUGUAAAAGUGAUACUUUGCUAAUUAAGGAAUUGUUUUCAACUCAGUUUCUGAUGUAGGCCACCACAAGGAAUUUUGGACCACAAAAAUUAUCGCCUCAUGUCAUGUUUCCUUCUGUAAUUAAAGGCAGUCAUCUUCUAUGAACAUGCCAAAUGUAAAUCAGUGUACAGGAUAAAAAAAAAUACCCGUGAGCGCACAAACGAAUGUCAUAUGACUGUGUGAAAGAUAGAUUGAAUGAGUGACGACUUGUUCUGUGUAAAAAUGCAGAGACAUUGCUAAUGCUGUGCAUCAGAAGGUGUCUCUAAGUGUAGAAAUAAAGGAUAUGGUUAAUGUGUA